CCACGCAUUAUAAACUGUGAGUGCUAAGUAAAAAGGAAAAUACGUUCAAAUUUAUCAAUAGUUGCAUUUUGCUGGGGAAAGUUCGCGUGACCAGCCAGGAAGCACGAGGAGCUCUUCGCGUUUCGGCUGAGCCCACGAUCAUUUCCUCACCUGGACAAGAUGGCGGAAUUGAAGCUGUGAGUUUGUGAGGUUUUUAUAUUUCAAGUUAUAGUAGGAACUGCCGUUUUGUUUGGUUUGAAAAUUGUUUUCAAUGAAUUUCUUAAUUGUUUUUUCAGGGAACUUACUGUGCCUUUUUCGACUGAGUCUGAGGCGCAAAUUGUUCGCAAUUCUCUCUCCGUCGAUCCGGAACCAAAACGUGGCGGAGCCAAGAAACAGCUAACAGUGAAAGACAAUGUGUUAUACGUGUAAGUGUGGCAAAUUUAGCACUUUUCCAUCUGUGUAUGUACUUGUUUCACUGUGCAUUGCUUUUGAAAGCUCUUUUCCUGGAAAGGAAAGUGGACCUUUGGAUCAACCUCAGCUGUUUGUAGGUUGUAGCGUAAUUGAAAACCCUCGAAAGCUAAGACUUGAUAAUGAAGACUCCUUUAUUUUCUUUAUUUGACAUGAUCUUGUUAUGGUUUCUUGCCAGAAACGUCUAGCUCCGGUUUUAAUCCCUCUAAUAGUGAUUUAGUCGCGAUACGUAUUCGUUUUCAGAUCUUCGGUCUCUGUUUUUGCUACAACCGCUGUUUGUAACAUAGUUACGUUUUUAUCAAGCUUUAUCAAGUUGCUACAAGAUAUUAAAGUUAAAAAGGAUGGGGAUGUUGUAAGUCGUGAAUCACACAAUAAGUAACCAAUCACUAUCUUCUCCUCUUAUUGAUCCACAUCGUAAGCGGCUGUAUGACGAGAUAAUCAAUAAUUAUUCAUAUAUUAGAGUAUAACCAGCUUACAGUUAAUGAAUUGGACUGACAACUGUAGAGAGUUUUAGGAUUUAUUUUACCUUUCUGUGUAAAAAUAAUUGUUAGUCUACGUCAUCCUACCAACCAGGAUGCAGGCAGGUAUACUCUAAGGUGUUGGUUUAUUUACAGCCCUCUUCUUAGGUGAUCAAAUGGACUACCAUGAACACAGAUAGUGAUUGUCUCUUUUGUCAUAUUCCACUCCCCACCGCUUUGCAUUAAGAUUCAACAAAUCCCUUGCAGUUUGUUCUUUCUCUGUGCUGGUAAUUUAGGGGGAAUGAAGGCCUGUAAAAAAAGACUUCCUACAGGAAGACAUGAUACUGUUUGUGUGACCAGCACUUUUCAUUCCUACAGAACAAUAUCAUCCCCUGAAGCUAAGACAUUGAGAGUCUGUGCAAAUGGUUUCCUUGACCAUUUGACUCUGGUUACAGAAACAAUUGAAGCAUUUGGUCCUCCCUUGGAAGAAUCGUAA